CUUCUUGGCAUGUAGAGGCGUUUUCAUAAGCCUACUGAAUUACCCGUUUUUUUGUAUUUGUGAUUCUGCUCACAUGUUCUUCAUACUUGGAAUGUGUUUGAAUAUGUGAAAGAAUUUGCACCACGAGGAGCGUUAAGGUCAGAGCCAAGGAAGCCGUCGAGGUGGCCAAGGCGGCACCAUGACGGGAUAGACGAGGACGCCGCCGCACAAACCCUCCAACACACUGAGGGAGAGAACCAGGCGGUUUUCAGGAUGCUCGGCCCGCAGUGUCAGACACUAGCAACGGCUGUGGUGCACAUGUACGGGACAGAGCCGCCGCACCAUGACAGCUGGUGCAAGAUCCACUCGGGAGUGGCCAGCUUAACGAAAGAUGUCGGCAAGGUUUUCAUCCAGGUUGACGACAGCGCGAGAGGCCAAAGGGUCUUCGAACAGGAAAUUCACAGGGAGUUUUCCUACUACGAUUCUGGAUCUCAUUUCCAUCACUUCAAAUCUGACGAAAAGAUGAUCGGCUUCAACUUCGUAGACAAAGCAGACGCGAAGACCUUUCUCGACGCCGUCAUAAAACAGCUGUUUAAACGCAGGAGGAGGAGCGAAGGACACUUGGGGCAGACACAGCAUCAGGAAUUGCAGGACCGGGACAAGGACUUCUCUCAGUACAACGAGUACAAGGAAUUUGGCAAUGGACUCAGAGACUUCUUCCGAGCCGUCGGCCUCAACCAGCAGCAGAUGGAGGACCGGGAGACACGGAAGUACGUCUACGAUUUCAUCAUUCAAUCUGGCGGCGUCGAGGAGGCCAAGCGGGAGUACCUGAAGGACUCCAGCCGAAACACUGCCCAACACAGACCGUUUCCUGCACCGCCUCCACCACUAGAGGAAUUCGCAGAUGGAAUUCAUCCUAUUGACCCGGGUGAAAUCAUGGAAGAUGAUUUGUCAUAUCCUUCGGCACACGAUGCUAUCGCGAUGGUUGUGGGUAAAGAAAUACUGGAAACGAAGAACAUGGGCCUCAUACACAAGGCGGCAAGAGACGGGCGUGCUGACGAGGUGCUUAAACUGUCAGAAAAAGGCGAAGAUCUCUCUGCUUUAACCGGUGCCACCAAGAACACCCCACUUCACUAUGCAGCCUAUGAAGGACAUACCGAUGUUGUAGAAUUACUACUGCAUAAGCAAUGUGACCCGAAUCCCUCUAAUGCUACUGGUGACACUCCUCUUCAUCUUUCUGCACUGACUGGAAAGGCUGAUGUCGUGGAAAGAUUGUCUGACUGUGAAGAUAUUGAUGUAAACAAUUCAAGUGCAACAAGUGAAACACUUCUUGUGUAUGCAAGAGAGGAAAGCCAUAUGUUAGAUGUCCUUAGAAACCCAGAGACAAUUUCACCUGAGGGCAAUACUCCCCUCCACUAUGCAUCACUGGCGGGCCAUACAGAAGUUGUUAAGUUGCUGCUAAUGAAAAAAGCAGACGUUAAAAGGGAAACGCCUACCCACCACACAGCUUUGCAUUACGCUGCUCUCAGAGGUGACGCUGUUUUGGUCAAAGUGUUGAUCCUUCAUGGAGCCGAUCCCAAUGCUAAAGACGAGCGAAGUACCACACCUCUUCAUUAUGCCGCUCUUUGCGGACACACUUCGGUAGUCGAGCUGCUGGUGGAAGAGAGAGCAGAUAUAAAUAUUCGGACAGACAUGGGACUCUCAGUCCUUCACAAGGCUUCCUUCUAUGGAAGGCUGUCCACUGCCCAGAAACUUGUUGAAUUAGAAGGUACUCUUGUCGACACACGUGAUAAGGAAAAUUUGAGUGCAGAGGACACAGCUCUCAUCCGCGGCCAUGUUCACACAGCCUGGUGGCUCAACAAGAAUGCACGCCAAGCUGAUUUACAAGAUCAGAAACACUUGAUGAAUAUUUGCAUGAGCCGAUACAAACAGAGCGGAGACUUCUACCACGCUUACUGCAGAGAGAAGAACGCGAGCGCGGAAGCCUUGGCCACUGCCGUUGACUUCGGCGUCUGCGACAUGCACUACCAGGACGAGCGGGGCCGGACGCUGCUCCACGUGGCGGCGGAGCAGGGCGACCGACCCAAAAUCGGGGUCCUGCUGGAGCGCGGCGCCCUGCCCACCGCCCGCACCCACGACGGCAAGACGCCCUCGGACCUCGCCCGGGAGAAGGGCCACCUGGAGGCUGCAAAGGCGAUUGCAGACGAGGUCAAAGUUGAAGAAACGGAUCGCGAAAAGACCAAGCUUUAUACUAGCUUGCUGAAUUCGAUAACAAAAGCAGCAAAAGCCAACUUAAAAGGAGAUGAUAAGGAACAAGCAGACCGUCUGGGGGCCGUGAAGGAGGCCUCCUCACUGCUGGCUUCCGGUGCCCCUUUGGAGCCCACGGAAGGGCACUCCUGCUACCCGCUGCACCUUGCCAUUGCAAAUAAUUGCACGUCGCUGUUGCCACUCCUGCUAGCUGCUGGAGCGCCAAUGACAUCGUCUGCUGAUAGCGUUAGUCCAAUGCAGUUGGCAUGGAGGACCCAGGACAUCACAACAUGGGUUGGAGUUGUUGUUACAAGGGCUGUGAUCCACAAGAUUCUGAUGGAGAUGUCGCUCCUGGAUGCCGACUUGCAACCUUUGGCAAAAUCUUUAGUGAAUUCCUUGGAAGGAAAGAAACCUUGGGAUGCAAAGGUCAGCAUAACAGAAAACUCUGCAAUAACACUAGACAGUCUGCUGUUCCGAGCCUGUGCCAAUGGAGCAACCACAUUCGCUUGGUGGAUCUGGCACAGCGGCGGCAGUGCCGUGUCCCAGAAUAAGGACAAAAGAACACCCCUACACGCGGCCCUUGACUCGGGACACCUCGACACAGCUACAAACCUCGUCCUCCACAUGGGAGCGAACCUCUUCCUGCCGGACAAUGUGGGGCGGGCUCCUGUCGACCACAUACCAGAUGUCACAAGACGGCAGAUUUUGAAGGCUUCUUUGGUGAGGGAAUGCAGACGUCUGGCUGAUGAAUCGGAAAAAGCGAGAGAGCCUACCCAGAAACAGGAAGCAAAACAGUUUGUCUUACUUCUCCUUUCACUGUAUUCGGAAUACAGUAAUACACUUUGCUGGAAGACAGUCUUCGGUUGGCUGAAUUAUCAGUUAUCUGAAAGUGAUGACUGGAUGGAGAAACUGGUUUAUGACAUCAGAAACCAGAAUGCGAAAGACUGUGAAGAUGAGGGAUCAGCAAGUAAAUUCUGUGAUGUUACUUGCAACGACCUUUUGGAGUUGAUUACUGAAAACCGGGCCAAAUAUUCUGUAUUUAAAGUAAAGAUGGCUAAUACAGAGAGGGAUAUGCCAAUGAACACGUUAAGUAAAAUUGUAGAGAAAGCAGUGAUUCUGAGUUGUGGAAAGGAGUUUCCAUUGUUUCUCCAUCUCCUGGUGCAAGUGGGAGGCCAGAAGGUCAAUCAAGAACUGGAAGUGUGUUGGGCAUCGCCCUUGCAUUACGCCGCUCUGAAGAACAACGCUUCCGCAGCCAGGUACCUCGUCAGUCACGGAGCUUCGGUUGAGGCAAAGGACCGUUUCGGCAACACACCUGCACACUAUGCCUGUAUGUAUGGCUACAAGGAUUUAGGGGACUUUUUAAGGACAGGUCAAGUAAACAGAUGUGGGCUGACAGCUAUGGAUCUAUUAGAUGGCUACAAGAACUACCUGAAGCUAUAUGAAUUAGACUCAGAGUCUCUGCUAGAUAUAGACAUGCAGAAAACGAACACUGGCCCUCAAAGAACAAAAGCUCUUUUGAAUGAAUUUAAGAAAAAAUGGGAGGUGAGCGGCAUAGGUGAAGGAAUAACUAGAAUCCAUGUGAACUAUUCAAAGGGAGAAUCUAAAGUUAUAAAAACAGCGGUAUUUAAUCUAGUAAAAAGUGUUCAGAAUUCAGUUGCAAAGAAAAAUUCUGUGUUCAAUGGGGAACUCCUACUGCUGGGAAGUUCAGCAGACAAUGUAAGGCUUUUUUGUCCAGACGAAUUCGACUGUAACAUUGUAUUAAGCAAUUUACAUGGGUUUGGUAAUGGAGACCUACAAGUGUCAUUGCAAGAAGUUGGACUUUCUUAUACUGGCUGCAGAACAAAGAUUAAUGUAUCAUCAAACAGCCAAGGCAUUAUUCCCCUUCUUAAAGGAAGUAAUUUCUUACACACAUUUUACAAUUUGGUUAAAGAAUGCAUUGCAAAUUUUGAACCUGAAGAUGAGAGAAUAGCUAUUAUUCCACCUGGGUAUUUUGAUAAAAUCUUCUUCAAAAUUUCAUCCCCAAAAGGAUUUGUCUUAAAGAACACAUUUUUCUUGGAACUGCAGGAAUUCACAAACAGUCUCUACUGGGCAGACCAUAUAAAUAAAAGGAUAAGAACAGUUUUUGAACGCAUGUGCGAUAAAGAUACUAAAGAGCCUGUGAAAAUAGAAGCUUACUUUGCAGGCGGCACAGAAGCAUCAUGCCUUGGGCAUGGAGCGUCAGAAAUUGUUAAAUUUUUCACUCCCAAAUUUGACUUUAAUGAACAUGCAGAUUACUUAAAGUUCUAUAACUAA